GGUCAAAUAAGGCAUUAUACUUUUAUUUUAUCUUGUGAACCAAGCCACGAGCUUCAAGCCUUAGAAGAGUUCUUUUGAUCAAGAAAAAGAAAACUAUUUCUUUUGACUUUGGGUUCAUCUUCACAAGGAGUAUGGCAAAGAGUUACUUCAAGCAAGAGCAUGAUCUUGAGAAGAGGAGGGCAGAGGCUGCUAGGAUUAGGGAGAAAUACCCUGAUAGGAUCCCGGUGAUCGUGGAGAAAGCGGAGAGAAGUGAUAUACCGAACAUAGACAAGAAGAAGUACCUUGUCCCAGCUGAUUUGACUGUUGGUCAAUUCGUAUAUGUCAUCCGUAAAAGGAUCAAACUCAGUGCUGAAAAGGCAAUAUUCAUAUUUGUGGACAAUGUUCUCCCUCCAACUGGUGCCAUUAUGUCUGCCAUAUAUGAAGAGAAAAAGGAUGAAGAUGGAUUUCUUUAUGUUACAUACAGCGGGGAGAACACAUUCGGGGAUCAGAUCUCCCAGUAGCCUCCGGUAAAUCCAUUUCCGAUGCGGCUUUUAUCUUUCCUCAUUUCACCGACCCCGUGUAUUAUCUCCAGCCUUACCAUUUCCAUUGCCUUUGGGCCGGUAAUUUCGUUAUUGCUAGUAUUAUUUAAAGACAUGGUGACCAUAUGGUGUACAGCUGAAUAUAUUGUGUAUAAAUUUUAAGAUUUCCACAUAAUGUUAAAGUUCCUUUUAUUUAUCAUCCA